GUUCAUCUAAUCCUUACUCCAACUCCACCGCUUCAUUCUUUCCAUCCUCUCCACUGAUGCCACCACCGACGCACAUGAGCACAUUCAUGUAGAAACAGCCUACUUUCACACUGCACCCCUAAUAACCCCCCCUCCCCCCCCCUCUCUCUCUCCACCCGCAAUGAACAGCCAAGCGAAGGCUCAUGCGCAUGCUCGCACUACUGCCACCACUAGCUCUUAUUGGAUCCCAUGGCUACCCAGGAUCACCUUCACCACCGCUCUCAGGGCCACUGUCCUCACCACCGUCAUUCUGGUCCUCGCCUGGGCAUUCGGCAACUCCAUUCUACGGAAAAUCGCAUCCUUCAUUCUCGCCACUCCCAUAGUUCUGGUGCUAUCGCUCCUCACCCUGGCUGCAUCCAAUGUCGCCUUCUCUAUCCUUUAUACCCGUAGACAGCGCCUGGCAGCUGCAUCGGCCUCAGCAACCUCACAGAGCAAGAGCAGCCACAACAGUCGGACCAUGCCCGGUUCAGCAUCGUGCCACAGAUUCCACUAUCUCCGUCCAGCAAAGUUUACCCGCCCGGUCGCUUGGAGCAUCAUUGAGAAGCAACGCCGCCAGGAACAGGCUGCCAAGUACAGGACACCCAUUGCGGACACCAUGCCUCAGUUUUCAGAGGCAGUCGACACGCUGAUUGAGCUCAUCAUCCGAGACUACGUCGCUGUGUGGAUGCGUGCGAUUACACCUGAAGUUGUUCUCCAGCAGCGCAUUGAGGAGCUUUUGAGGAUGGUGCUAAUACGUUUCAAAUGCCGCGUAGUGGAUCUGGACCUCACUCAACUGCUGGUGACGCGACUUGUACCCAAGGUUACGGCACAUGUGAACGAUUUCCGAAAAGCAGAGAUGGCGCUGAGAGGGAACUCACUCGAGCGGUCCUUGACAGAAUCGGACGAGUUGGAUAUCAUGGUCGCGAGUAAGUUCCGCAACGGGAAGCUGCAUAGGGCGCUAUCGACCUCAAUUUCAACCCAGGCGACAGAGGAGGCGUAUCUUAGAAACGUGGUCCAGACCAUCUUGCCGACUCUUCUUCCCAAAAGCGAGGUGCAGAGUGAGGUCUUGAGGCAUUUGCUACGGGAACUACUUGUCGGCGCCGUUUUGCGACCAGUCAUGGACCUACUAUCGGAUCCAGAUUACUGGAACCAGAACGUGGAUUUAUAUAUCGGCAAAGCUAUUCGGGAACAGAACAUGGUCAAGAAGCUUCGAGAAGCCCUGAAGCAACACACAGACAACAUGGAUGCAGACCCCCGAAUCAUCGAUAAUCAGUUGGAUCCAUAUGGAACAGGGGGAGAUAUGUACAGAUUCGAGGACUUUUUGAAGAUGAUAAAGCACUGCGACAGUUUAUUGGAUGUCAAACGAAUUCGCAACACAAUUAUGACCGAGAUGCGGAAGAAAAAAGCGCAGAUAGUCGGCCGCGAGAAGGAGGACGUUGUCAAUGGAAACAAGGUCACAGAAAUCAUUAUCUACAUCAACAGACUGGAUGUUGCGAAGCGACGCGCAGAAAAGAGGAUCGAGGCAUUAGGAGGUCCAGUAUAUCCCAAGCGACGACCUAGAGAAUUCACUCUGGAGACCAAGAACACCUCAUCCUUAAUAAACCUCGACAUUAUCCUCUCCAAUCCGUCGGGUCUUUCAUACUUCAUGGAGUUUCAGGAUCGAAGGGACAACAUGAAUGAACUCCAGUUCUGGCUCUUGAUCGACACCCUCAACAUCAGAUCGGACAGCGAACAGAAGACCGAAACAGACUCACUUGGGUCGCUGAGCGCAGAUGAACGAGCUCUGAUGGGAACCAGCUCAACAGCAACCACACCGUCCUCCACGCUUUCCAGAGCUCAGGCGCAGAGGACGCUAGGGGUCCUAACACCGACAUCAGCGCAAACGACCGGAGGAUUCACAUCGUCCAGCAAUCUCACGAACAGUAUCAGAAGCAGUCGUAAAUCCUCAAUCUCCGCCACAUUCGACAUCACAGACACAUUACGCGACGAUGUCCGCAUGAUCUAUGAGACAUAUUUCGCGGAAUCCGCACCGAGGCCUGUCGUAGUCGACCACAGCCUAGUGGACGUAUUCCGGGAUUUUGCUCUAAGCGAGAGCGUCAGCAGUAAAGGCGUCCCCCUGUUUGAUUCAGAAUCCAAGAAGCAGGAAGAACUCAGAGCGGCGAAUGUGCGGCAAAAGUUACUGGUGGCACAGCGGCAGGUGUUUGAGCAGAUGCUGGAGAAGGACUAUCCGGAAUUCCUCAAGAGUGAUCUCUACUUCAAGUUCCUGACGUCCUAUCAGAAUACGGAGACAAAGCAGGAGCAGAAAGGUCCUCGUGGCCACAGCAAAACAUCAUCCGUUUCUCGGCCAUCUUCAGGGCCAGGGUUGUUUUCCGCCAUCGGCCUUUCCGCGCCGGAUAAGAGGCGUGAUUCACCUGAGAAUCCCAAACGUUCAAGCACAGGGUCGUUUUUGGAUAUCUUUGGGCUUGGUCGAGACAAGGACAAGGAACGAGAGCGGGAUCAAAAUUCGCGUAGCCCCAUGAAGCGGGCCGAGACUGCUAUCGGCCAUCUGCGAACGCCAUUCUUACCAUCCGGAUAUUUGCGCUCGCAAUCGGGUUCACCAGUUUCGACCAAAUCCAUGGACUUAGGAGACCAGCAGCAGCAACAUGAGCCGAAACCCAAACAAAGUCUCGAGGUUCCGUCGUCAUCAAAGCUUGUCGCUCCACCGCUGGCCCGCACUCGCUCACUCAGCUCGAUAUCGAAUCCAGAAACUCCCGUCAGUGCUAGCUCCUGGGCAAAAUCCGCUUCGUCUCACCGGAAAAGCAUUUUUACCGCCGAUCAUCGUCGCGAUAACUCUCUGGACCUGACAGAUACGGAGGCCCUUGUCAAGGUUGGUGCGGACGAUGGUUCCGGUUUGCGGGAUUCACUCUUGUUGGAGCUUCAGGAAAAUGAGGAUGAAGGUGAAGAGGGCCUUAUGGGGGACAACCAAGGUGGAGUGCCGAUACCGAGGAUGUCCAAGGACAGGCGCGACAAGGAGAAUGUUAUUAACGCAGUCGAGGCUGCACUGUCAUCUAUCAUGGAGAGUCCAGACACUCAGCACGAAGACCUCUCGGUGAAUGGAUCAAAGGAAAGAGAUGCUGAGGCAUCCUCUCUGGAUGCAACAGACCCAUCAUUUUCAACCGCCAGAGAUGAGCAGCCCGGAGCAAAUGCAUUGCUUGAAUGGGGUCAAUCUCAACAAAAGAAUUCAAGGAGACAGUUUAAGGAAAGCAGUUUGGAGAGUGGGAAGACGGUUCGAGCCAAAUCUCGAGAUCCGUCUGAGGUUGACCGGGCGUCCCUGGACAGCAGCUUGAAGUUCAAAAAGGGAAGGGAGAAGUCCGGUCAGGUACCGCAGCUGGUGAAGCAGAGUAGAUUUGCAGCCCUUGAUACAGGCCUAAAUACUUACGGCGAGGGUCACAAAGACGAGAAAACUGGGCGUAUAAAGAUGGCCGGCGAAACCUUGUCGGAAGAUUCGGACGGAGAACUAGCCCUGAGUAAAAAGCACAGCCCAACUUCACCAGGUGUGGCAGAGUCCAUCAGCGACACUGUUCAGGACAAUAUACAUCUCGCAGCUCCUGGGGAUCUGCUCCUGUCAGCAAGGAUCAAGAAGCUAGAGCAGGAUAUCGAAACCGUCCGCAAGCAGGAGGCCAUUGUUGAGACUCUGAUCCAGAAGGCCGAGCGACAAGGACGCCAGAAUGAACUCCGGAUUCUGAAGAAAUCGAAGUCGGCAUUGAGGCGGGAGAUCCUGAGCAUGGAGUACCAGAAGACGCAGUAUGAGGUUCAAGAGGAGGAAAACAUGAUUAUGCCGGGCCGAUCAACAAUUAACAUCACGUCCUCUACAGUUGGCCAUGAGGGUUCGAAGGAGUUUGCACUUUACGUGAUUGAGGUGCACCAGUUGGCGCAGGACGGCUCGUUUGCAUCAGGAUGGGUUAUUGCACGUCGUUAUUCCGAGUUCUUUGCACUCCACCAACAACUCAAGGAAAAAUAUCCAUCCAUUGUGCGCCAAUACGAGCUUCCAGGGAAGCGCGGAUUCUUGAAACUCCAAAAGUCGUUCGUCGAGGGUCGUCGGAUUGGUCUGGAACGAUACCUUCAGUGUCUGGUCCAACACAUCGAAAUCUGCCAGUCCCAGGAAUUAAGAGCAUUUCUUUCACAGGAAAACGUGGCCCUACCACAAUUUUCGUCUGCAACACCCGCACUCAUACCCUACAGCCUCUUUGACAACGAUGGCGCUAAGGAAGGUGCGAAGCAAUCAAAUGCCGCACAGCCUGGAAGUCCGUUUUUUUUUGAGCAGCUUUUCCAAUCAGCAACAUCGCCGCUGCAUUCCCCAGUGGCCAGUCGUGACCUGUCUCGAAACUCAGUGCUGUCUAACGCCGGAUCUGGUACUCUUGAUGCUUUUGGUGGCCAUGAUGUGGGUGGAGAGCAGGGUGUAGGCCCAAAUGAUGGAUUUAUGAAACACAUCUACCAGACAGUCUCUGAAGGACUGGACGAUAUGUUCAGCGGUGGACCACCAACAGUCCUGGGCAAUAUCACCAAGCAACUGGGUAACCAGAUGAUGCAGUUUACAAUGGAGAUGGACGAUGAAGAGAAGGCAGACUCAUCCCUCAUUCCCUCUGGAACACGUCGACGACACGGGAGCCACGACGAGAGCGGAAGCGUUAGACUGGUGCAAAGCGAAAUCAUUGAUCGCACAGCAGUUCCUGCAUCCUCCUUCGACACCUUGGCGGCUGCACAGGGCUCAGAAAAGGAUGGAGAAGUGCAUCGCCCACCGUUGCAGCGGAUUCAAAGCUCACGAUCUCGCCGCCUGAGUUCACCAGACCCUCAUACUCAGCACCAAAGGAUGCAAUUCCAGUUACAGCAACAAGAACAGCAUCAGAGCAUGCUUCGACAAAAGCAAAUUUUGGAGCAACAGGCACAGCAACAGCAGGAGCAACAACAACAACAACAACAACAACAACCGCAGCAAGCGCGACAGGGUGUGGUGGAACCAGAAGGUGUGACGACAUUCACUGAGCCGCUAUGCGAUCUGUUUAUUGAGCUGUUCGAGCUCAAGGAGAAGAACAACUGGCUAAGGAGGCAGGCUGUCGUGAUCAUUCUGCAGCAGGUCCUAGGAGGCACGAUCGAGCGCAAGUUGAGAGACACGAUCAAGGCAUACAUUGAGGAGAGUAUGUUGACUUUCUACGUGCUAAAACUCCGUGACGCUCUCUGGCCCAAUAACUCUUCGUCAUCUUCACCUGACUUAACUGGGGAAUAUGAGGUCGUGGGAGAGGAUCUGCGUCUGUCACCAACCAUGCCCAGGUCACCCGCGGACACUGCAGCGGGUAAUCCAUCAUCGGGGCCCAAGAAGGUUAUUCGUACCCCGGAACAGAAGGCUCUGACUAAGGACCAAGCCAACCGCAAGUUGUCUGUGUUCUUGCCAGAGCUUCUCGGAAACAUGGUCGGACACCAGAAUGCACGCCGGGGAGCGCGGAGAGUGUUUGCGGCAUUCCAAAACCGUAGGCUAAAUCAGCAAUUGGUCUAUACGACGCUGGACGAGGUGAUUGCCGCUAUGUGGCCAGAACUGGUGUUACCUUCAUCAUCCACAUCGUCAUCGUCGACCCUGCCGAACGCGGUUUCAGCAGCGACGACGAGCACAAGCACAGCUACAGCCCUGUCUUCAAUGGCGCUUCCUCCUAACGCUGGACUGUCUAUGGCGGAAGUAAGCGAUUCUGGGGAGCGUUCUGCGAGCUCUAGCAGGAGCCGAUCUAGAUCGAAUACGCGCGACAAGUUUUAAAUAAAC